AGAUUUGACAAAUAUAGCAAAAAUAUUCUGAUUAACUUCUGAUUUCUAGAAAAGACCAGCUUCUUGACAUGGAAGAAAGAACAUAGGAAACAAGGAGAACAAGGAAAUGAAGCAGAGCAUAGAUUAGGAGUGAUAAUGUCAGUGACUUGAAUGGGCACGAUGUUCUCUUGAUAGCUUCUCUCUGGGCUCCUUGCCACCUUUAAAUCUCAGCACCAAUUAUUACUUCUUCAGAAGGGCCUCCCCCAUUAGUCUCUAUUACAUCAUCCUAGUUAUUUCCUUUAUAGCACAUACUGUAGUUGUACAACUUUUGUUUCUUUGUAGUCUAGAUCCUUCGCUAGAACUUGAGCUCCAUAAAGUCAUUCUAUAGUCUGUUACUAAGCAUGGUGUUCAGCGCACAGAGAAUUCAGUAUGUAUUGUAGAAAUGAAUCAGUGCCUUCGGGCUGUAGGCUGACUGCACAGAAAAGAACUAACCCUUUCUCUUUGUUUUGGUUGCAGGAAGCCUUCCAUGUUGUUCUUCUAUAGCUCUAGAAAGCCUGGAGUAUAAGAUGUACAAUGCUGCCAUAAGGGCAAUGUGAAAUUGUUACUACAAUUGAGACAAAUUGUCCUUAUCAUGACUAAAAGCACCCCAUAUUGUGGUUAAUGGGUUCUUUUUGAUUAGCUUUUAAACUAUGUGAGUUAAAUUGUGUAUCAUUUUCCUCAGUUGAAUCUUUUCCACUGGCUAAGGACCAAGAGUGUGGCAAGCAAUGAAAAGUUCUAUCACCGAGAAACUGAGUCACACUUCAGGGUUUUGUGAGGGGCCUAGGAGUUUGCUUGAUAUUGAAGAUCUCACUUUCUACUACAGAAUUCUCUUUCAACUCUAUUAUUAAUAUAAUCCCACUACUGCCCUUGCUUUCCAUCUGACACUUGUUCUGAGAAACUGUAGGUAGGAAGAAGAAAGCAAUGCCCCUCUUUGAGCCUAUUCUUUUGGGCCAGUGCUUCCUAGAGCCAGUGCCAAGCUAGACAUCUCCUCGGUGCUCACUCAGGCAAAAGACAGGCUGGGACCUGACCACAGUCCCAUUAAAAAGCUGCAUCUUGUGAGUUUGGUUAAUUAGGGUCAAGCUACAUUUUACGCAGUUUUUUCAACUCCUUUGCGUUUAGCAGUCACGAUUAAGCCAGGCCUGCCACUGCUGCUACAAUAAAGUGUAGCACCCACCGUCCGCCCACAAAGUGGCGAAGUAUAAUUAUCAAGAAUUCCCCAAGGGGGCGUGGGAGCGCUGUGGAGGAGCGGCCGACCCGCAAAGCCGCGUGGUGUCUCCGUCUCCUGAAAAACUCUCCGACGCCCAACUUGAAAGACAUUUCUCUACCUCUUCGGGACCCAAGACGGCCUGUGGCUCCUAGCUCAAGCGUCUGAGCGUAUGGCCUGUGCCUCCGAUAUUCGGGUGACUGGGGAAUGUAAGCAAGAAUAAGCUGUUUGUCUCCUGAUGGCUUUUGCUGUAUACUGACGUAUUAUUUGUGAUGGCAUCUGAGGCUGAGAAGACCCAUGCUUUACUCCAGUCUUGUAGCACUGAAUCUCUUUUUUCCAGCCUCGGUCUGGGAAUAUUUUGCCUAGUAGCUGACAGACUUCUUCAGUUUUCAAUCAUUCAGCAAAAUGACUGGCUUCGAGCCCUCUCAGAUAAUGCAGUACACUGCGUGAUUGGCAUGUGGUUGUGGGCAAUUGUCAUUGGAGUCAAGAAGACAACUGACUUUGGAGAAAUCAUUUUAGCUGGAUUUUUAGCCUCUGUUAUUGAUGUAGACCACUUUUUUCUAGCUGGAUCUUUAUCUUUAAAGGCUGCUUUGACUCUUCCACGAAGACCUUUUCUUCACUGCUCUACCGUGAUACCUGUCGUGGCUCUGACCUUGAAGUUUACUAUGCACCUUUUCAAGCUCAAAGACUCAUGGUGCUUUCUCCCCUGGAUGUUAUUUAUAUCCUGGACCUCACAUCAUAUCCGAGAUGGAAUUCGUCACGGCUUGUGGAUAUGCCCAUUUGGAAAAACUUCUCCUUUGCCAUUCUGGCUUUAUGUCAUAAUCACAUCCUCUUUACCUCAUAUCUGUUCAUUUGUUAUGUAUUUAACAGGGACCAGACAAAUGAUGUCUGCAAAACAUGGAAUUCAGAUUGACGUCUGAAGUAACUGUAUGCCACUCUGAGAGAAGGAAAUGGUUCAGAUGAUAAUUAAGGGUAGCUGACAUUAUAAAUUAAAAAACAUAUAUUAAUUAUUAUAAUUCCUGAAUCCUCUUGCUCAGGAGGCAUGCACCCUUUUUUAAAUAUAUAUAUAUAUAUAUAUAUAUAUAUAUAUAUAUAUAUAUAUUUGUUAUAAUUUUACUUCUCUCUUCUAUAAUACACUAGUACAAUAUUAGAGUUUCAUUUAUUCCGUGACAUAUUUUUAUUGUGUCUUCUGUUUAUCUGGCUUUACCAAUAGCUCUAGUAGACUAACAUCCAGUUACAUUUUCUGGAGGUAUACAUUUAAGGCAGUCCACUUCAGGAUGAAAAACAGAUCAAAUUGCCUAAUUUGAAGGCAUUUGUGUCCACAUUUUCCUGAGAUACUGAAACAGUGAAAGAGCCAGAAUAAAUGAGAUCCUGAAUAAGACGUAUGGUGACCACUAAGAUUUCUUCAUUUUCCUCUAUGUUGAACCUGAGUGAAGUUUGAUUUGCCAGGUACUUUAGUGAGUUGUGAUUACUGGUGGAAUCUGUGCCAGUACACUUGUAAGAAAUCAUCAUAUUCAUAAAAGAUAGUAACUAAUAUUAGAUCUAGAUUAUUGUUUCAGGAAUCACUUUAGGAAAUAAUUAUUGUAAUAUGUUGCCUGUAGUAACAUUACUCAAGUAUUAUUUUUUUUAAAGUUCAUCUAUUUAUUUUGAGAGAGAGAGUGUGUUCAUGAAUGGGGGAGGGGGAGGGAGAGAGAGAGUCCCAAGCAGGCUCUGCUCUGUUGCACAGAGCCUCAUGUGGGGCCUGAACUCACAAAUCGAGAGAUCAUGACCUGAGCCAAAAUCAAGAGUCAGACUUUCAACUGACUGAGCCACCCGGGCGCCCCAGUAUUAUUUUUUUAGUAUCUUGGCCCCCGAAUCCCAUGUGUUAAGGUUUUAACUGUUCUGAAAAAACAUAAUUAAAUUAACAAAAUAUUAAUACAUGGCUUAUAACCAUGGAAUUUGAAUUCACACAAACAAAGGACUUAUCAGUAAUGUUAUUUCAGAUGUAAACUCCUAAGGUGUCAUUAAAAUUGUUUUAGUUGCUAUCAGUUUGUUUACACACUAUUUAAAAAUAUUAUACCAGUUAAAUAAUUUUUAAAACAUAUGCCUGAUGCAGAGAGACAAAACAUACGUUUUUCAAAAUGAAGGAGUUUCAGGAAAUUUGCCUUUUCCUUUGUCCUUUCAGGUUAACCUGUCAAAAAUGAUUAACCUUUAUUAGAGAAGGAAAAUUUGGUUGCUAUAAAAUUUUACAUUUUCACAGUUUAAUGUCACUUUGAUAUAAACGUCAGUGCCCUAAAGACACUUGCUUUGUUUUUUGUAUCCUAUGUGCCAUCUGCUGUCUUUAGAUUUUCUCACACAUUUGUGAUUUGUAAUGCUAGUGAUUGUGUGCCUUAUUCUCUGAGAAGUGCUGAAGCAACGCCUUAUCCAAAGCAUAUUCUUCUUAUUUAUUAAGUUAAACAGAGCUCUGUAAACUGUCACAAAUGUUCAUUUUACUUUGGUUUUUCUUUUUGUUGUUAACCAAUUGGUUGCAAUCCAUUAUAUCUUAGAAUCUAUUAGAUUUUACAAUCUAUUAUCUUUUGAGAGCAAUGAUUGUGUCACUUUGGUUGGUAUAAUAAAUAUUAUAUAGUGGGGGGAAAUUUGAAUAAGGUAGGGAUUUUUUUUUAAGUAUAUGAUGUCAGAAAUCCAUGGAAAUAAAGCAUAUAUCUUCUA